CGCGGUCCGGCCAUGCGGGCUGUGAGGGGCACGGAGAGCACGGUGCGGCCGUGCGGGCUGUGAGGGGCACGGAGAGCACGGUGCGGCCGUGCGGGCUGCCCGCCCCCGCCGCGGGGACGCGGCUCCGUGAGGUGGGACGGGACGGGCGGCAGCGCCGCGCCCUCCCAGGCACUCGGGACUCGGCUCCCGGUGAGAGGGACGCAGCCCCGCCGAGCCGGGCAUCGCCGCGGGCGAUGUUGCCUCUGUGGAAGGCCGUGCUCUCGGAGAGUGUCCUGGGUUACAUUUCUUGGUCUCUUUACCAUGCGCUGCCACCAAUUAUCUACUACUUCCCACUUCAGACACUGGCACUCACAGGCCUAGAAGUUUUUGCUGUUGCCUUCUUUUCCCCAGUAUUGUUGACCAUUGGCCCUUUUUGGAGGCUGGCUAACAAUGAGUAUGUCCUGGCCUUUCUGAGGUUGACUAUGGUUGGAAGCUUAGCAUCAUACCAUGCACCAAAUGCUGCAGUUAGACUACUCAUCUUGGCUGCUGGUGUUUCUUCUUCACUGCUGGUUCAAACAGUAACAUGGUGGUCAGGAAACAGUUUACAAAGGUUCAUCAGGAUAUGGGGCUUCAUGCUAGGCAAGAUAAUGCUCCUUGUUCUUCGUAUCCUGUACACGUCACUCAAUCCAGUCUGGAGCUCACGAGUUGCCAAUACUGUCAUACUGGUGAUUGGUUUUAUAGUAGCAGUGGAGCGAAUUCAUUCAGGUGGAGACAAGAAGAAACAAGAAAUGAACAAAACUGGUAAUGUGGUUAGAGAGACUGCUUCCCAUCCUCAUUGGUUUUUAUCAGGGAUUGCUUUUGGCAGCCUCACGUUCCUCACUCUGUGGAUAUUUGGGGAGGUUUCAUUAAUUUCUAGAUGGGCAGUAAGUGGACAUCCCCACACAGGUCCAGAUCCUAAUCCAUAUGGAGGUACAGUUCUGCUGGGCCUUGCUCAUGGACUGAUGCUUUCAUUUUGGAGCUGGUCUUCUGUCAUCAGUUUUGCCUUGUUUCUCAUAGGUUUGGCAUCUUCAGCUGGUCUCCUUUAUUUACAUACCUGGAGUGCUGCUGUUGCAGGCACCGUUCUUGGCAUCUUUACUAUGUGUGUGUGGCCUCAACUAGCUGGACGCUUUGUUAGCUGCCUGCAUCCUGGGAAAGCCAUGAGUACAGCCAUGGUUGCCUACGUUCUUGAAUUAUUCUUCUGUGUGUGGUGUACAGCCUAUAAAUUUGUACCUGGAGGAGUUAGAGAAAGCUCCCAUCUUCUUCUAGGUUUUAUAAUGUUAUGUAUUGGGGUAGACUUUCUAACAGGACCCAAGAAAGACCUUAGCUCUGUCUUUGAAGUGAAAAGCAAUCAAAAAACAUUCUUCAAAAGGAGUAAAAACUAUAUUAAACUACUAUUGUGGCUGUUUGUUGGUGUUGGUUUGCUUGCAAUGGGUUUAUGUUAUAAAACUUACCAGAAGAAGUUGGGCCAAGGGGUUCCAAAAAGAGAUUUCUCUGCUAUGAUCUGGCCUUUUAGAUUUGGAUAUGACAAUGAAGGAUGGUCUAAUUUGGAAGGAUCAGCUAAUCUGCUUAAUCAGACAGAAGCAGAUUUUAUCACUAUUAUAGAGAGUGAUGCCUCUAAACCAUUCAUUGGAAACCAUGAUCCAACAAUGUGGCUGGGAGAAAGACUGGGAUUUUAUACAGAUUUUGGUCCAAGCACAAGAGAUCACACUUGGGGGAUUAUGGCACUAUCCAGGUAUCCAAUUGUAAAAUCGACCCAUCACCUCCUUCCAUCUCCAGAGGGAGAGAUUGCACCUGCCAUCUCCCUGACUGUCAACUUCACAGGGAAGCUGGUGGAUUUUGUUGUCGCUCACUUUGGAAAUGAAGAAGAGGACUUGGACAGAAAACUCCAAGCAAUAGCUGUUUCAAAACUGUUGAAGACUAGCUCUAAGCAAGUUGUAUUUCUGGGAUACAUCACUUCAGCUCCUGGAUCCAGAGACUAUACUGAAUUAAUAAAAAAUGGAAAUGUGCAGGAUAUUGACAGUACAGAUCGGGACAGAUGGUGUAGCUAUAUUAUGUAUCGUGGAAUAAUAAGGCUUGGUUAUGCCCGCAUAUCUCAUGCUGGUUUAAGUGAUUCAGAAGUCCAGAUGGCCAAAUUUAGAAUCCCAGAUCACGUGGAUAGCUAUGUUGAUAAUGACAGAAUUGUCACUGAUCCCAGUCAGGUUCCUGAGGACAUCCACUUCAAUCCCAGGUUUGGAUCUUAUAAAGACAGACAUAACUAUAUGCCUAUUCAUCACUUUCAUAUGAGCACUCCUAAAUACUUUAAACGGACAAAUUAGAGCAAGAAAAUAAAGUUAUUGAGACCAACAAGAAAGGUUUGUUGCUUGAAACUGCAUUGGCAGCCAAAAAGACUCCACUGUUUGAGGAUGAGCAACUCCCAUGCUGCACAACACUGUGAAUGUCUAUGUAUUAAUCGGUAACUUUCUUCUUUGAUGAGCUGCUACCACUGUGAGGGAGGGAAGAUGCAUGAAUUUUGGUAAACUAGUAUCUACCAGGCCAGAUACCUGCUUUGUAUGCAAGAAAGCAAGGGUGGGAACUUGCUUUGGCAACAACUUCUUCAGCUUUUGUGGAGGUAUCACUUAUCAUAAAGUUUCUGAGUGCUUUGCUGCUAUUGCAAUAAAAAGCUUGGCCUUAGGUUUUUCAAAAUAGGAAUGGAAUGAGUCUGUUUUUCAGCUGGGAGAUAUGCAGUAAAUAACCGUCUGAAGUGUGCACAUUUUCAACUCAAACAGUAUUUACAUCUGCUGCUAUUCUUCAUUUUAUUCUUAAAUGAGUUUUACAACAAUUUGCAGAUAGUUGAUAUUCAUAAUACUGGAAAAAAAGAGGUGACUUUUGUAGACUUCAUUUUAUUAACUGGACUUCAAUGCUUUUACAAAGGGAAGAGCAGAGUACCUCUGAAUAAUUAUGGUUAUGAGACUCCUACAUGAACACACUGAUAAAGAAUUUAAAACAAUCAUGCUCAACAUAACAAUCUGUCUGAGAAGGGAGAAAAGUUGGUUGUAGCUUUUAUUUAAAAGAAACUGUAAUGAAGGGGGGAAAAAAUAAGAAAGCUUUGUUUCUUUGCUACGCUGCACUUCAGUAGGACUAGAGAUGCUACUUUUUUGACCUAGGAUGUGAAUUCCCUGUUAUGCAAUGCACGUGACACAGUGUAAAAUGUUGUGUUGUCUGAGAGCCUCUUGGCAACGUCUUUUAUAUUUAGCUCCUGAUCCUUCAGUAUACGUGCAGAGCUUCCCUUUAUCAAUGAGGACAUCUUCAGUGUUGUCCAAAGGAUAUUUCCUGCUUGUGAGAAACAUAUUAGAUAAUUUAAGUGAUGCAUUCCGUUUGGAAAUCAUAUUUGCGAAGUUGGUAUUUAAUACUAUGUGUCUUUCCAGUAAUAUCUAAGCAUACCAUUCCUGAAAGGAAUAGGAUAUGUUACAGGAAAGAGGGUGGAUUUUUUUUCUCCCUCUAAUUCUUCACCAUAUACUUUUAAGAACAGCUUGAGUUUACUCAAUUUUAUUGUUUCUCUAUGUAAGCAAAUACAGGAUGCAUUUUUACCCAGGGCUUCUUGUUUGAUGGAGUCAGGCAAUUGCUGUCAGCACCACACUUGUUGCUUUAUUCUGGUCACCUAUCAUUUUGCUCCCUUGUUUUUAGAGCUGUGUUUCUGAGAGUGAAACUGAUCACUGGUCUUUGUGGACAGAGGAUGUCUGAAACGCAGUUAAAAGUCUCAGUGGUUAUGUAUUCAUCAUCUCAGAUGUAACUGACAAUUAACCAGCCAUUGUUGAACGAAUUUCUCACCUAUGGGUGCUUUGUGUGUCUUUACAAGCCCUCUGAACUUGUUCUUUGUGUGACUCUCCAGCAAGACAGGAUAAAUUACAUUGUGGAGUGAUAAAAAUUAUUUUCUUGCAGUUUUUGCAAUUUUCUUCUGCAAACACCAGUAGCUCUUAUCUCUUUUUUCUCCCAGCUUGCAAAAGCAGCUGGCACUGGCACCAGUAUUGCACAGUGCUCUGAGUAUCCUCAUUUAUUUUCAGCAUGCUCUCAUGCUAGCUCUGGUGCACAUCCAGCCACAGGUUUGCCUUUUCAGUCUGUAGAAUACAUAACAUUAUCUUGCCACAUUACUUAACACUGUCCACAGGCUGACUCUGCAAAUACCUUGUAAUGUGAGCAGUUUAUUAAUGUGAAAUGCAAGAAAUUAUAUGUAUAAGUACAAAAAGCUUGAAAACUCCUAUUUUUUUUUAACAAUGAGGAUAUUUUUCAAGAAGCCAGACAGCUUGACUGGCAUAACAUGACUUACAUAACAGAUCAGAUUAUAAAUCAUAUCUGUAUGUAAUCUUCAAAGUCUCUGAGCUUACUUUGA